CUAACAGAAGAGCUGAUGAUUAGUGGAGACUCUUGCGAAGCUGGACUCUGAAACCUGAAACCGAGGGAGGGGAGAGAAAAAGAGAAAGAAAAAAAGAACAAAAACAGAGACAAGAGAUAGGAACUUUCACUUUUGAGUGUAGCAGAUUUAAAGAGAGAGGGAAAAGGUGCCGAAAGUGUGAAGAAUGCAAGAGGUUUGGGACAGAGAGAAACUGAGGGGAGUAUGCAGGGCGAGAGAGAGAGAGAGAGAGGGGAAAAUGUGAGUCAGGAGGGAGGGCAGUAAAGAGGAGAGGUGAUGUCAAAGCAGCUGAGCUCAGAGAGUAAACAGAGCUUCAGCCUGCAGCAUGUGUUUGUCUGAACCGCUGCAGAGCCGCAGCCAGCGGAACCGUCACAAUAUCCUCUCUCUGCCCGGCUUCACCCUACUCAUCAUCUUCCUCCUGUUGGGCCAGGGGACGGCCUGGCCAUAUGAUUACAGGUUCCUGUACAACUUCUGCCCAGGGCCCGAGUGGAGUGUGAUGUGCAGGGGAUGCUGUGAAUAUGAUGUCAUCCACUGUAAAUGUCCUCUUCAGGGGUAUCCGGUAGGUUACGCAGUGCCAUGCUGUCGUAAUGCUGUAAAUGAAUGCGAUCCCUGCAUCAUACAUCCCGGCUGCAGCAUAUUUGAGAACUGCAAGCGCUGUAACAAUGGCACAUGGGGCCCAAGGGACGAUUUCUUUGUAAAAGGGCAGUAUUGUGCAGAGUGUCGCCCAGGAUGGUCCGGUGGGGAUUGUUUAAGUAAGUUCCUUACAAUCGGCAGUGUUCAUGCAUUCAGAGUAGUAUAACAUCCCAGGUGAAAAAAAAGUACACUUCUAUAAUGUACUUAAAGUGCUCUAUUUUUGGUGCUCUAAUUUUGCACUUAAUAUACUAAAAAUGCAUCUUUAGUACCUCUUAAUAUAAU